GACUUUUAUACCCUUUUUGCGCCACGGAGGGGAACACCUAUUCUUCCCUUUUUUUGUUGUUUUGUUUUGAACGCCCGACACGACAUAGUACUUCCGUUUGAUAAUAUCGCUCUUUCGGACUCUGGAUAUACAUAUAUACAACAUUCCUCUAAAACGGAGCUGCCUGAAAGGGACAUAGACACUUCAACUCUCAGAUUCCCAUAUAAGAAAGUAAAAGUAAGAAAGAAAGAAAAAAAAAGAGCAAAGGAAGAAGAUGGACUCGUCACCCUCCGCGAUCCUCAAACUCCUCCUCCCGCAAACCCCUUUACUCGUCAAAACAGCCCUCUGGCACUCCCUCUCCCUCACCCCGCAAAGCACAAAAUGGGACUUGAAAACCUCCCUUACGGUGACCAUGCUGCGCGAGAUGAUAGGGCCGAAUGCGACACCACAGCCUAUUGGCAAAACACAGCGUUUUACGCUCCGGGACCCGGGGGUGAAGGGCAAGAUGUGGGUUAGCAAAGUAGCGAUGCCUAUCCCCGGGGAAGACGAUGUGCGGCAGAUGAUGUUUAAAGCGGUGAGAGAUAUGGGGAGUGGGGAUGAGAAGUGGGAGGAGCCGGAGCAAAAGGCGCUGGAGGCCGAGUGGAAUGGCUAUCGCUCGCAAGCUAAAGAUGGCGAGGGGGAGCCGGCGGGGAUGGGGGAGAGGGAAAAGUACGAGGCGUUGAUGAAGGAGACGGAGGAGGGGAGUGUGACGAUGCUUUAUUUUCAUGGGGGAGCGAUGUAUUUGCUUGAUCCGGCGGGAUACCGUGGGUUGGGUGCGAGGAUUGCAAGGGAGACGGGCGGACGCGUGUUCAACGUGCGGUAUCGAUUGUCGCCACAGAAUCCGUUUCCCGCGGCGCUGCUGGAUGCGUUUACGGCGUACCUGUCGCUGCUUGCGCCGCCGCCGGGUGCGUUUCACGAGGCCGUUCCCGCGAGUAAGAUUGUUUUCGGGGGAGACUCAGCAGGAGGUCUCUGCUGCACGGCGUUGUUGCAACUCCUCUUGCAAAUCCACAGAUCCACUCCUUCCGGCCAAACCCCCACAGUGCGCUUCCACGGGAAGGAUGUUGAAAUCCCGCUACCAGCAGGCCUUGCCUUAACCUCCCCCUGGCUCGACGUAACCCGCGCUCUACCCUCCAUAGAAAGCGAAACAACAUUCGACUACCUCCCGCCACCCAGCCAAACCGAAAAACGCGACUUUCCCGCAGAUGAAGUCUGGCCCGCCAAUCCUCCCCGUGCAGAUCUCUACUGCAACGCCAGCGCCCUCCUCCAUCCCCUCGUGUCACCGCUCUCAGCUCAGGACUGGAGCGGUAGUCCUCCCUUGUUCUUCUCCAUCGGCCAGGAGAUGCUAAGGGAUGAAGCGGCGGUGCUGGCGCAACGCGCUGUCAAGCAAGGGGUAAGUGUGACGUGGCGCGAGUUCGAGGCUAUGCCGCAUGUUUUUGCGGUGUUGCUGGAGGGACUGGGGGAAAGUGAGGUGCAUUACAAGGAGCAUAUGGAGUUUGUCAAGCGGGUGGUGGGUGGGAAAGAAGGAGGAAAGGAGGUGUUGGAAAGCACUGCAGUCAUGAUCCGAGCAAAGACGCUGAAGAGGGAGGACAAGGACGUAGCAGCGGGUUUAACACAGAUUACAGAUGAGGAAGCGAAAGAGAUGAUGGUGAAGGGGAGGGAGAGGAUUGACAGGAAGUUUGCUAGGGGGAGGGAUCCUGCGGCUGAGAGACCCAUGUUGUGAGCAGCUUUCUUACGCACCGUAUUUUCUUUGGAAGACACGAGGGUGAGUGCCUUGCGACUUUUGAUAACUUAAUGACGUUAGUCCAGCCGGAAAACUCAAUAUUCAAUACAUC